AUGGCAUCCAACAAGCCAGUUACUGAAUCAAUGCAGGAGUCAAGUGCAUUUACAGGUACUGAUAAUGAAGAGAUCACAGCAAUUAGAAGUGUCAUUGAUGCAGCUGAGAUUAAGUGGGGAGGUUCUUUAUCUGGAGGUGGAUAUGAUGGUGGACAGUUGGGCCGCCAUUGUGGCAUUCGGGACUACAUUAUUACUCAAUCGAAGUGCCUUUGUGGUGUUGAAAUACUUGCAGAUGACCUAAUUCCCAAUCAAACCCUUAGAAUUACAAUCUCAAGCUUGUUAUCAUCAAGGGCUGGUGGCCUUUCAAGUGGCAGAGCGAAUCUUGCAAGCUCCAAUAGCAGCAAUUUGGAUGGCAAAUCUGUCACCGCUUCCUCUUUGUUAAAAGGGGACACUAAGCACCAUAUGGAUAGUGCACCAUCGGCUACUACUGAAGGCAGUUGCCUGAUAACUGCGGGCAAGAAUCCAGUGGAGAAAUCGACACAUUCUGAUCUCCAUAGUAAAACUGAAGAGACUGAAAAAACAUCAGUGAAGAAGACUCUUGCCACAGCAGGUGACAUGAAAACCUUUCCUGAACCAAGAUGCCAGAAACAGCCUCAACCUGAUGGGGUAGCAAUAGUUUCAGGGAAGCUUGAGCGAAAAGUGGUUAGGACUAAGUCAGAAAAGAAGCAAAAGAAGGCUGGGGCCACUGGAAAUGGAAACACCAACUGUACUGAAUAUGGUUUCAACAUUCCUUUUGAACCACCAUGUUAUGACUCUUUGUUUGGACUGGGAGGACAGCCUUGGGGAACCGAUCCUUACAUGUACUGUAUGCCAAAUAUGCCUUGCUUCAGCUACCCUCUGGGCCCUUACAAUGUCAAUGGCAUCAGUAACUUACCCACUGCACGGUCCUGGAUUGCAAGGCUACCCAGCAAGCCAUUACAGGUAUGUAGAGUUGCAGGUCAAUUGAGUUGA